CAUGGGUGCACCAAAAAGUCGGACAUGUGUACAGCCACACACAACGCAUUGUUGAAGCAAGACAACGUAAGGUUGACACUGUAAAUUUGUUCAAAAGAAUAACUACAUCGCGAUCGUUCAUAUUUCCUCUAGCAUAACUUUCCUUAAGUAGUAAAUUCUAUGCAAGCACAACAACCAUUGGUCUUCACUAUUUGUUCAAAAUGUUCUUGGUUGACCAUCAGCUUGCGGAGUCGAUCCGAGGAGCCCACAAGUAUCCACAGAACAUCAUUACAAGAACGUUAGAUGCAUGUGCCUGGACAUUGACAGGCGCAACCACUUCACUAGACAAAGCGACACCUUCGUUGUUUGUAAAACGCGAAGAAGAGGUAGACCUGACGUUCCGCGAUAUAGACCCUCAGGAAGGCCUCAAAAAGACCAACAUUCAUCUGGAGGGCAAAGAAUUGGAAUGGCUCGGCGUACAGUCGAGAAUGAAUGAAGAGUGCCCACGCAAGCCUCCGUUCAUAUAUGCUCAGAGGAGGGAUCCGAAAUGUCGUUUUAUCUACAUAUACGGUAUUCACAGCAGAGCGGCUCUAAAGGUGUCCAGAAGCAUGCUCACAAACGUUCUCUCGUAUCAUGAGGUCAUGCCGGCGUACUUGGACUUUAUUUUAGCAUUCGGGUUGAAGUACGAACCAGAUGAUCUCAAAUUCAGUGCCUUCAUGGAGCAGACUACUUUAUCAGCACCACGUGGACCUGUCACAACAGAGCUAGGCCGAAGCGGACGGCAAUUCCAGCUAUGUUACAAUCUACGGACCGCGAUCAAGAAAUCUGAGGAGAACGGCUUGGGUAAUCAUCAGGAAUGGUCCAUCCAACCAGCUGCAAUCCACCAUCAGUUUGAUGUAAUCGAAGGCACUACCCUCUGGAUAGUCACAAAAGGGGGUCGCGAUUUAUACCACCGUUAUAAGGAUUUCUCUGCAUCGAGCGUUCGGCCAGGUGGCUUGGCUUUCACAUCACCAGAAGAGUGCCUGCGAUCGAGCCUCUCAACACAUCUAAUGUUCUGUCGUUGGGCUACGGAGGGAUGGCGAUGGUUCUUGAAGUGGCUUGAAAUGACUGUUGAGGAAGAGACUCAGCUCGCCGGCUAUAGCCCAUGGAAGAAUUACAGAUCCGAGCACCUUGUGCGGUUGCAUCGGCAUUUAGACAAAGCCGCAGGAAUCGUCAUUGCAUUGGAGACGAAUGUGGAUAUCUUGACCUUACUUCGCGAAUACUACUGUAAGCUGGUCAGUAGUUAUGAUUAUCCAUCAGCCUUGAGAAAUGCCUGCAGCGACGACUUGCAUUGCUUCGAUACCAAACUUGGUGUCAUGGUGCAUAAUUCCAAGAUGGAACUGUUCAGGGCAAAAUCACUUGUGGAUAUCGUUAAAGAUCGAAAAGAAUUGAUAGUGCAACACUUGCAGACUCAGGCUUCUGAGAGAAUAGAAGCUGUCAGCAAUCGUAUGGAACGGGAAGCUAUUGCAGUCAGAAUGUUGACAAUUGUCUUUGGAGUAUAUCUACCGGGCAGUUUCGUAUCGGCCUUCUUCUCCACCGACGUUGUUCAUUACUCCGCUAAUGAUAAUGAGAAGGUGGUGUUCUCAUCAAUAGCACUGGACAGAUGGCUUCAGCUGACAGUUCCUUUGACUGCGCUCACUUUGAUAUUCGUCUAUUGGUCACACUCUUUCGCGAACAAGUCAGCGAUGUUUAACAAGUUCAUGCUCGCAAAUGCUCGGGGUAUAGCACGCUCGGUUCGCUCAUUUGCUCUUCGAAAACGUGCCACGAUAGAAUCAACGACGGUUUAAGGGAUGCAGGAGACUAUUAUACAAAUGUACAUAUAUAUUUACGAUACUGCACCGCCAGCACUUGCCGCCACUAUACAAGAGAUACAUAUGCUUGUCUACGAUUUAGAGCCAUCCAGUGAACAUCACGAUGCUCGUCGACAUUAAUGCCUCAUGCCAGCAUUGCAUCGAUCGGGGCUUGCAGCAUGUGGCGUCCUUGCACAGCCUUAAGAUCACACAUUAAACCUUGUCCGCAGCACUUCCCAGCAAAGUGUCCUUGUGGAGAGG